UAACUACAAAUAAAAGUUUAGUUCAUAGACAAACGUUAUCAUUAACCCGUAAAGCUGCCGUUGUGAAGCUGUGGAAUAAAGCGUUCCGUCUAGAAAAAGGUCUUCCUGUAUGUGACUCGCUAGCUAGCGGAGGGUGGAGACAAAAACUUAAGACCUCGCCCAAAAAAAAAAAAAAAAAAAAAAAAAUAGCGUCGCUUCAUCCCAACUGCUUGACGGUGUGACACAUCCACACCAUUAAACAACGCGUAUUCCUUCCAGAGACACCGGCACUUUCGUGUCCGAGGGCAGAUAAAUAACAAUGUUCAGAAAAACCUUGAAGAAAGACCCGGAGCUGUUCCAGAAUGUGUCGGAGGGGCUGCGGCGGUUGUACCGGACCAAACUGUUCCCGUUAGAGGACACGUAUCGAUUUCACGACUUCCACUCCCCUGCGCUCGAAGAUGCCGACUUCGAUAACAAGCCCAUGGUUCUCCUGGUGGGGCAGUACUCCACCGGGAAGACCACGUUCAUCCGGCACCUGAUGGAACAGGACUUCCCCGGUAUGCGCAUUGGCCCCGAGCCGACCACGGACUCUUUCAUCGCGGUGAUGCACGGCGAGCAGGAGGGCGUGAUACCAGGGAACGCUCUGGUAGUCGACCCCAAGAAGCCUUUCCGCAAACUGAACGCCUUUGGUAACGCGUUCCUCAACAGGUUCAUGUGUGCACAGAUGCCGAAUCCUGUCCUGGAGAGCAUCAGUAUCAUUGAUACGCCUGGAAUCCUGUCAGGGGAGAAACAGCGGAUAAGCAGAGGGUACGACUUUGCUGCAGUGCUGGAGUGGUUUGCUGAGCGCGUGGACCGUAUCAUCCUCCUCUUUGAUGCACACAAGCUAGACAUUUCAGACGAGUUCUCCGAAGUUAUCCGCGCUCUGAAGAACCACGAGGAUAAAAUGCGUGUGGUACUGAACAAGGCUGACCAGAUCAGUACUCAGCAGCUGAUGAGGGUGUAUGGAGCACUGAUGUGGUCGCUGGGAAAAAUCAUAAACACGCCUGAAGUAGUGCGUGUGUACAUCGGGUCAUUCUGGGCUCAGCCCCUAUUGGUCCCAGACAACAGAAAGUUGUUUGAAGCAGAGGAGCAGGACCUGUUCUUGGACAUUCAGUCUUUGCCACGUAACGCGGCUCUCCGUAAACUCAACGACCUCAUCAAACGUGCCCGACUUGCCAAGGUGCACGCCUACAUCAUCAGCUCCCUGAAGAAGGAGAUGCCGAGUGUGUUUGGAAAGGACAACAAGAAAAAGGAGCUAAUCGCAAACCUUGGAGAGAUCUACCACAAGAUUGAGAAGGAGCACCAGAUUUCACCUGGAGACUUCCCCAAAAUUACCAAGAUGCAGGACCAGCUACUUGGCCAGGACUUCUCCAAGUUUGUUGCACUGAAGCCCAAGCUGAUGGAGGCAGUGGAGGACAUGCUCGCAAACGACAUUGCUCGGCUCAUGGCUGUGGUACGCCAGGAGGAAGCUGCUAUGCCCAGCCAAACCGUCAAGGGCGGCGCGUUUGAGGGAACCAUGGGCGGGCCCUUUGGCCACGGUUAUGGUGAGGGUGCCAGCGAAGGUAUCGAUGAGCUGGAGUGGGUGGUCGGUCGUGAUAAGCCUACAUACGAUGAGAUUUUCUACACCCUGUCCCCAAUCAAUGGGAAAGUGACUGGUGCUGCAGCUAAGAAGGAGAUGGUGAAGUCCAAGCUGCCCAAUACAGUCCUGGGAAAAAUCUGGAAGCUUGCAGAUGUGGAUAAAGAUGGCCUUCUUGACGAUGAAGAGUUUGCCCUGGCCAACCACCUGAUCAAAGUGAAGUUGGAGGGCCAUGAGCUGCCUCCCUCACUGCCUGAACACCUAGUGCCUCCAUCUAAGCGCGGGACAGCGCUACAUGCUUAGUGAUCUGGAGAGGAGGGGAGCAGCCUGGAGCCCAGCCACAUCAGCGCUUUGCUUCAGUGCUUACUCAGGACUCUCCAGACUAAAGUCCAGCCCUCAGCUGAGCGUGAACAGCAGGGGCAUCGUCAUAUAAAAAAAAAAGAGAGAGAGGGAGGAAAAAAAGAACAACCUAUCUCCAGGCUUUCUGAAACAUGUGAUGAGAUUAGCUGUGAUCUUUUCCACCAGAGAGAGACUGGGGGUUUCUGAUGGUUUGGGAGGAUGGUGCAGUUUGUGCAUUAGUGAAGAAAUGUUCAAGUAUCUCUUAAUUAAAAAAUAAAAAGUGGGAGUUAUUUGCAAUGUAUUUAAAGGACAUGACUGGAUCAUGAAUUGAUUCACAUGGUUGUUGAAGGUUGUGUGACAGGUUGAAGAUGGAUUUGUGCAUCCUGUGUAAAAGGUGUCUUAAAAGUAUUCAGUCUAAUAUGUUGAUCCAAAGAAAUAAAACCCUUCUGUCUAGUUGGAGAGUGAGGAAAUGAAACAGCUAUUAGAAUUUAUUUUUCUAUUUCCUUGCUGUUAACUCUCCAAGUGCUUUGCAUUUUAUUGUUAAGCUAGAUGAAUAAAAGUCAAUUCUCUACCUUCU